GUCUAUUAUUAUAGAAUGCAGCAAGCAAGUCAAGGUGUUUGGUGUUCCGAACGUUGGCUACAACCCAGCUUGACAACACCAUCCCGAGUUGGAUCCUUGUAGGGCUUUUAGUCUUCGGAUCUGCACCGCGUAACGGCAACACUGACCGAUCAGCCAACAGUGAGUUGUUGAGAUUACUGCUUCAUUCUUCAUUUCUCCUGGAAGAGCACCAUCGGAAAACAAAACAUUCGUGACGACUAUGCUGAACUAUAGGGCGUUAUUCAACGCUGCAUUGGUUCUCACCAUGAUGGGAGCUUCUGGUGCGCUGACGGUCACAGCUGAAUUGAGUGUAGGACAAGCGGCGGACCCGUCGUCAGCCCAGUACACGCUGUCUGCCUUCGCUACCGGUGAUUGGGGGCCAACAUUGUACAAGGGUUCCUGUUGUAGAAGCGACUCCAACAACUACGAUCUCCAUUCCCAAAAGGUGGUGGCAACGCUAAUGGACAUCGAAGCUGGAGCUUCCAUCACGCCCGAGGCUGUUCUAGCCCACGGCGACAAUUUGUACUGGAACGGAAUCAACUACCUCAGUGAGCGCGAUGGUCGGUUUGCUGCAUCAUUUGAGGCCAAGUAUGAUGGAGACAACAUCAAGAAUGUCCCCUGGGUGGCAGUUAUGGGCAACCACGACUAUGGUGGCUCUGACUACAUCUGCAGCAGUGGAGACAAGCUCGUUCCGUGCAACAGUACGGAGGAGCUGUUUCAAGGUCUCGACAACAAGCUCAAGUGGGAAGCGGAAUACAAAAGUCCGAACGACAACCGUUGGCGCAUGCAAAACGACCACUUCUACGUCCACCGCAUUGAGGACCCAGCCACAGGUGUGAGCAUCGACAUUUUCAAUGUGGACACGAACGAUGCCGACGUUCACGGCGCCGAUCUCGUCUGCUGCCAGUGCUACGGCUACGCGAAAAGCGACAAUUCAGGAUGCAACACCGUUACGCGCAACGAUAAGUACUGUUUCGGCGGUAACACUGCCAUGUUUGACACCUGUAUGGCCAAGUUUGCUGAAUGGGGUGCGGAUUCCCGGGCUCGGUUAGCAAAGGAGGUGAAGCAGUCGACUGCGACCUGGAAGAUCGUCAACAGCCACUUCAGUCCUUACGACCACUACUUUGAGGCUGGCAUGAACAAGUGGUUUGAUGCUCUGAGGCAGUCCGGCGUUCGGGUUUUCUUUCAUGGUCACACGCACGGUGAGAAACACGACUACUCGGAGUCUCUGGGAGUUCAUUUCGUCGAAAACGGAGCUGGUGGUGGCAGACCUAAGGAAUAUGCUAGUACAAUUCAAGCGUAUGCUGCAAAGUACGUGAAGAAUGAGUGGGCCUACAUUCCUAACGAAUACGGCUUCUUCUCGUUGCAAGCGUCGAAAGACUGGCUGAAGCUGCAAUACCACACGACGGAUGACAAGUGGAACUUCACGGAAAAGUGGGAGGAAAUGACGAUCGGUGGCGUAGCGACCAAGCACUGCUGGUACAUCCCUGCGGAUGGAUCGGAGGGCAGGGCCUGCUAA